GUUCUCCUGUGCAAGCUGUCCCUGAGAGGGGACCCAGCCCUCUCUUCCUCUCCCUCUUGCCUCCUCCUGUCCUCCACCCGUAACAGAAAAGCAAGAUACAUCCGCACCUGCAGCCCCGCUGAGGCCUCCUUCUGCCCACAUUUCAAGCAGAGGGUGGAGGCUCAGGUUCACGCCUUCUCUCAGGGGCCCCCAGCCUGCAGGAUGCUGGGCAGAGCCAGACUCGCUGCUCAGCAGGCCGGCUGGUGGCGAGGGCUUGCUUAGUGCCUCUGCAGGGACAAGACAGAGACUGACAUGGAGCAGGGGAAGCAUCUGGCUGGCCUCAUCCUGGCCCUCACUCUUCUUCAAGGUUCUAUGGCCCAGUCGAAACAAGAAAUUCCUGUGGUAAAAGUAAAUGACAAUCAAGAAGACGGUUUGGUAGUUCUGACUUGUGACGUAAAAGAUGAAAAUGUCAAGUGGUUUAAAGAUGGGAAGGAAAUAAAUCUCCACAACAAGGAUAAAAAAAUACACAAUCUGGGAAGCAGUAUCAAGGACCCUCAAGGGACAUAUUUGUGUCAAGGAUCCAAGAACUAUUCAAGACCGCUCCAAGUGCAUUACAGAAUGUGUCAGAACUGCAUUGAAAUAAACGCAGCCACUGUAUCCGGCUUUGUCUUCGCCGAAAUCAUCAGCGUUUUCUUCCUUGCUGUGGGGGUCUACUUCAUCGCUGGACAGGAUGGAGUUCGCCAGUCAAGAGCCUCAGACAAGCAGACUCUGUUGUCCAAUGACCAGCUCUACCAGCCCCUCAAGGAUCGGGAAAAUGACCAUUACAGCCACCUUCAAGGAAAGCAAUUAAGGAAGCACUGAACUCAGGACUCAAAGCAGUGUUAGAAAACACGCCCAGAUGCACCCGCACCCCCAUAACGCAGUUGAGAACAUUCCCAUCCGUCCCUCGGACUCCCUGUGCCGUUUCCAGUCACUCCUGCUCCCAGCCCGGGCCCCCGGCGCCCGCUACUGUCUUUUCUGUCUCAUCAGAUUUGCCUUUUCUGGACAUUUCACGUAAGUGGGCUUAUACAAAGCUGCUUUGGACACUCUCACACUUAGCCUUGCGCGGACCUGUGUCUUCAUUCCUCUGCGUUGCCAUGUGGGCGUGAAGAAUUGCUAGAUUGUUCAGUAAAUAUCUGUUUAACUUUUUAAGAAACUCCCUGUGCCAUUUUGCAUUCCCACCAGCAAGGGCGAGAGUUUCAGUGUCUCCACAUCCUCACCAAUGUUUGUUACUAUGUUUUUUGAGUAUACCAUUCUCGCACAUAUAAGAUGAUAUUUGUUGGACCUUUAAUUUGCAUUUCCCUAAUGACUAAUGAUGUGGAACAUCUUUUCACGUGCUUAUUAGCCUUUCUUACGUCUUUAGUGAAAUAUCUGUUUAAAUUUUUUUUAAUUUGGGUUGUCUUAGUGUUGAAUUGAAAGAACUCUUAUAUAUUUUGAAUACAAGUCUUUUAUUAUAAUACAUUAUUUGGAAAUACACCUACCAGUCUGUGGCUUGCCUUAUCAUUCUCUUCAUGGUGACUUUUUAAGCACAAAAAAAUUUAAUUUUUAUGAAGUCCAUUUUAUCCAUUUUUUUCUUGUAUGGAUUGUGCUUUUCGUAUCAUGUCUAAGAACUCAAGAUCACAAACCCAAGAUCACAAAGAUUUCUCCUAUGUCUUCUUUUUAUAGUUUAUAAAGUUUUGUAGUUUUAGUUGUGAUGUUUUAAAUAUGCUUAAGACUAUUUGUAACAAACCCAAACAAAUAAAAUUUGGAUGCUGUAA